UACUCAAAGUCCCCUGCUGCAAUAAUAUCUACGCCGCACAUUAAUUGCAUCCAGGACCCCACAUAACCCUCUAUUUAUCUCCUCCCCCUUCAAUGCUCUCCCUCCCCAGGCUCAUCUUCUUCCUCCCCCCUUCCCCACCCCCCAUCUCUCUCUAGCCUUUCACAGCUUCCUGCGUGACGACUUGAUUCCAGGCUCAUGGCGACCGAGGUGACCAUGCUUUUGCGGAUUAUGGAGGAAGCUGAGAGCAAGCAGCGGGAUUUGUUUACCCGUGACCUCCUCGGCGGUGGCGGCGGCGCCGCAGCCUCCUCCGCCAAUGAAUCCGCGGUGGAUCUUGACCUCCAGGUUCCAUCAGGCUGGGAACGGCAUCUGGAUCUAAUGUCGGGAAAGACAUACCUCCACAAGAUGGACUCCGAUCGCUCGCUUCAAGGACUGCACGACCUCAAUCUCCCUCCUCCAUCUUCCUCCUCGAUCUGCCUCCCCGAGAACUCCUCCCUCCUCGAUCUCAAGCUCGCCGGCACGGGUUUCGGCUACGGAGGACGAAAUCGCAGCGAUUUCCAGAGCGUCUGCACGCUGGAGAAAGUAAAGUCCGCACUCGAGCGUGCGGGUCGGCUUCUCCCCGUUCACCCACGCCUUCAUGGUCGACAGCGUCGACGUCGAUGA